AUGGUUAAUUAUUUCGCUCAUAGGAAAAUAGCCAAAAUCAAAGAGAGCGCUGAUUCUAAAGCUGACAUCGUCACUAAUAGUGCGAACUCACCAUCCCCUGCGCCUGCAGGCAAACUUCCUUCCAAAGUAAAACCUUUGGUCAUUAACUUGUUGGUUCCACUUGAAGACCGCAUUUAUGAUAAGAUUGCCGAUGUUCUCGCUGAGAGAAUCACUCUUGAAAGUGUGGAGGAUGAGUCCCUACGGGUUGCCAUAGAGAAUAUCCGAGAUAGCGGAGAGAUCAUGGUGGAAGAAUGGUUAGAAGAGCAAUUUUUCUGCCCACCUGGAUUGCGUUUACGAGCUAACGAUGACAUCGGGAGGAUAUAUCUCAGAAAAAGCGAAGUUGCGGAGGUAUGGCGGAUGUGUUAUGCUACACUAAGUGAGCGACCUCAAUGUGAAAUUCUGAACGCUGUUGAUGCACAAUAUGUUGGAAUAGCAACUAAAGCAAAUUUGAAAGAAGUCUCAAAAUAUGACCUGCUGAAAGGAGCUCGAGUAGUGUUUCCAACGCCGCCCAGAUCCAUCGGGAGAAAACCAAUGCAAUAUGUUCAGGUUUGUUAUCUUUUACUGCGAGUAUAUCUUGUUUCUUUUUUGUUUACUAUGUUCUUCGUUUUUUCUUUUACCUUCUUCUUCGUUUUGUAAUU